GAAAAAAAAUAAUUGAUGACUACACAAUACACACGUGGAGAAAAAGCAUACAAUAUCUUUGAUAUCUUGCAGUUUCUCGCACAACAUUGCCGUUUUUUCGGUCGAGCACGUACUUCUUUUUCCUUUUUUAGCUUAAAAAUGCUACACCAUCAUGCCGUUUGGAAACUAGAGAAUGAAAGGAUACUAGAAGUCAAGCAUGUGGUGAGGUGGCAAGUAUGAGAUCAUCUAGACGACGUCAAUCAAACCGCAAGUAUCUCGCAUGAAGAAGGAGUCGCACGACUCAAUUUAUUUUCUAGUUUUAUUAAUAAGCGAAGUGGUCUUCCUUGACUAUAGGAACCAAUCCUCAUGUCAAGUUACCCAUUAAUUCCAUGUUUGUUAUGAGUUGAUGCUCCACUUUCCAUUUUUUUGAUUCAUGUAUGCUUUUGCUAUUUAUAUGAAUGAAAAACCUAAAAAGAGGUAAAGUCUUAACUACCCAAAAAAGUGUGUUCUUAGUUUGUUCUUGACAAAGUCUCUUUGAUUUGAAGAGGAUCUUCGAUCAACGAUGUCCAACUCCAACGCAGAGGAGCGACCGAGAAGACACAGCAGCACCCAUCAUCCCUCGCUUUCUUCACUCCCCGAAGAAAUCGUAUUGAGAUGCUUAGCCCUCGUCCCAAGAAUCUACCACGUAAGCGUCUCUUUGGUCUCAAAACAACUGAGAUCCCUUGUUCUCUCCCCUGAGCUCAACGGCUUGCGAUCCAUCCGGAACAAGAAGUCCCUCCACGUAUGUCUUCGAAAAGGAUACAACGACGUCCACUGGUUUACUCUCCGUCCGAGCGAGGAAACAGAAACAGCAACGGAGUAUAGAUUAGUUCCGAACCCAACUCCCUUCCCUCCUCAUCCUAAUCACGGUUCUUCGACCGUCGUAGUGGGAUCAAAGAUCUUCUUCAUCGGCGGAUAUAGAGAGCCUUCCUCGGAUCUAUGGAUCCUUGACACCCGAUCCGGGAACAUGACUCAGGGACCUAGCAUGAGCGUGCCUCGAGCAAAGAACGAAGCAGCCGUGGGAGUGAUCGACGGGAAGAUAUACGUGAUCGGAGGCGGAGGGUUUGCACCCGAAAGGUUUCAGGAAGAGAUCCAAGUCGAAGUUUUUGACCUAAACUCGGAAACUUGGGAGCUUGCGGGGAUGGAGAACGUGCGUAAAACCUCACGGUGUAGUGCCUCGGUGGAGGGGAAGGUUUAUAUGGUGGAGUACGAGGAGAUAAAUGUGUACAGCCCGAGAGAACGGAUGGUUCGUAUGGUAAGCCAGAGACUGUCGGAAGGUGGGAGAAAGGAUGUGUUAAAUGAUUCGGCGUUUAUUGUGUGUGUGGUGGAAGAUGUUCUCUUUGCUUUCUUUAGCAAGAGUGGGGUCAUGUGGUUUAAUACAAAGCUGAAUGUGUGGAGGAGAUUGUUGGGUCGUGAUGGGAAGGAACUACCUUUUGUCUUACAUGCGAAUGAGAUGGCGGAAUACGACGACGGGAGGCUUGUGGUUUUGUACACUGUUAGCAAGAGUGUUCGGUGUGUGGUGGUCUCGCUGCAUAGAUCUGGAGACAUGAUUUGUGGGACGAUCGAUUGGUCUGGUGUUUUGGGUACUGUCCGACAUUCGUUUGAUUUUCUGCAUUGUUUAGCUGUUUCCGAUUGAUUUUGACUGAUUGUGUGUGUCCUUGGCUGCUUCUUGUUAGUGGUAUUUUCUUGUUGAUGACCAUUUUAGAAAAUAAAGAGCUAGUUCUUUUA